ACACGAGACUGAAAUUAACACGGGUACGAGCUUGGGGUUUGUCCCUGCGUCACACAGAUUUCCCUUAUCGAUUGGCUGCAACGGGAAGGCGUAUAAAAUAGACACUUUUUCGGGAAUUUCACAGACACUGAGUGGCUUGCGCGGCGUGGAGGUUGGCUGAACGAGAUUCCUCUAUUUAGUUGAAGAAGAUUUAAAGUAAAUAACAUGCAGUGUUGCGCUAAAUCAUGGGGCUUAAUCAUCAGCAGAACGAUACCGUACAGGAAUAAAUGCAACGCUGACACAUUUAGGAAAGUUAAGGGUUUGGCUCGAACCCUGAGCACCUCACAAGCUCUGUGGUCCAGGAAGAUUGAACGGAUCCUGCCGAGGCACGAUGAUUUCUCCGAAAGACACAUCGGACCGGGUGACAAAGAGAAGCGAGAGAUGCUCAACACACUUGGACUUGAGUCAAUCUCUCAUCUCAUUGAAAACACAGUUCCCGCAUCCAUCCGCCUGGGAAGAAGUUUGAAAAUGGACGAUCCACUGUGUGAGAAUGAGAUUCUUGAUUCACUCCAGAAGAUUGCCUCCAGAAAUAAGAUGUGGAGGUCUUAUAUAGGAAUGGGUUAUUAUAACUGCUUCGUUCCACCGGUCAUACAAAGAAACCUGCUUGAGAAUUCUGGAUGGGUGACUCAGUAUACGCCCUACCAGCCUGAGGUUUCUCAAGGGCGCCUCGAGAGUUUGCUCAAUUAUCAGACAUUGGUUUGUGACAUCACUGGAAUGGCAGUAGCUAAUGCGUCGUUGCUGGAUGAAGGAACCGCGGCUGCAGAAGCCAUGCAACUCUGCCACAGGCAAAACAAAAGAAGAACAUUUUACAUUGACCCACGCUGUCAUCCCCAGACUAUUGCAGUCGUGCAAACCAGAGCAAAUUAUAUCGGUGUGAAGACGAUUCUCAAGCUUCCUCAUGAGAUGGACUUCAGCGGUAAGGACGUUAGCGGUGUUCUCUUCCAAUAUCCUGAUACUGAGGGCCGGGUUGAAGAUUUCACCGAACUGGUUGAUCGGGCUCACAAGGCUGGCGCACUGGCGUGCUGUGCCACAGACUUGUUGGCACUCUGCGUGCUGCGUCCUCCUGGUGAGUUCGGAGUAGACAUCGCUCUCGGCAACUCCCAGCGCUUCGGCGUUCCCCUCUGCUACGGCGGACCUCACGCCGCCUUCUUCGCCGUCAAAGAAAAUCUUGUCAGGAUGAUGCCGGGAAGGAUGGUUGGAGUGACCAGAGAUGCCGCCGGAAAGGAAGUUUAUCGUCUGGCUCUGCAAACCAGAGAGCAGCACAUCCGUAGAGACAAAGCCACCAGUAACAUCUGCACAGCUCAGGCUCUUCUUGCCAACAUGGCCGCCAUGUUUGCGUUGUAUCACGGACCUCAAGGCUUAAAACACAUCGCAGAAAGGACCCACAAUGCAACAUUGAUUCUAGCAGAAGGUUUGAAAAGAGCUGGACACAAACUCCAGCAUGAUAACUUCUUUGACACGCUUAAGAUAAACUGCGGUGUGGCUGGAAAGGACAUUUUAGAAAAAGCUAUGCAGAGGGAGAUCAACUUACGCUUCUACAGUGAUGGAGUGCUUGGAGUGUCUCUGGACGAAACCGUGACGGAGAGAGACUUGGAUGAUCUUCUCUGGGUCUUUGGCUGCGAAUCUUCAGCUGAGCUUAUCGCUGAGAAAAUGAGUGAGAGAAGCAAAGGAUUGUUGGCAAGCCCGUUCAAGAGAACCAGCACGUUUCUUACCCAUCCAGUGUUUAACAGUUAUCACUCUGAGACUAAUAUUGUACGAUACAUGAAACGUUUGGAAAACAAGGAUAUUUCCCUCGUCCACAGUAUGAUUCCAUUGGGCUCCUGCACUAUGAAGCUGAACAGUUCGUCCGAGCUCAUGCCAAUAACCUGGAGAGAAUUUGCUAACAUCCAUCCGUUUGUGCCGCUGGAGCAGGCUGAAGGUUAUCAGCAGCUCUUCAGACAGCUAGAGAAAGACCUUUGUGAGAUCACAGGAUAUGAUAAGAUCUCAUUUCAACCAAAUAGUGGUGCGCAGGGAGAAUAUGCGGGUCUGGCUGCCAUCAAAGCCUAUCUGAAUUCCAAAGGAGAAUCUCACAGAACGGUCUGUUUGAUUCCUAAAUCGGCUCAUGGGACAAAUCCUGCCAGUGCUCAGAUGGCUGGCAUGAAGGUUCAGGUGGUGGAGGUGGAUAAAGACGGCAGUAUCGAUGUGGCUCACCUCAAAGCAAUGGUGGACAAACAUAAAGCAAAUCUUGCUGCCAUUAUGAUCACUUACCCCUCCACAAACGGUGUGUUUGAGGAGAACGUCAGUGAGGUCUGCGAUCUCAUUCAUCAAAAUGGAGGACAGGUGUACCUGGAUGGUGCCAACAUGAACGCCCAGGUGGGCUUAUGCCGACCGGGAGACUAUGGCUCAGAUGUGUCUCAUUUGAAUCUUCACAAAACCUUCUGCAUUCCUCACGGUGGAGGUGGACCUGGGAUGGGACCGAUAGGAGUGAAACAGCAUCUUGCUCCCUUCCUUCCCAGUCACCCGGUUGUGAACAUUCAGUUUAGCGAUGCGCUGAGCUCUCUGGGUACCAUCAGCGCUGCACCCUGGGGCUCUAGUGCCAUCCUGCCCAUCUCAUGGGCUUACAUUAAGAUGAUGGGUUCGAAGGGUCUUGUGCACGCUACAGAGGUGGCCAUCCUUAAUGCCAACUACAUGGUUAAAAGAUUGGAAAACCAUUACAAAAUUCUUUUCAGGGGCACUAAAGGAUUUGUUGCCCACGAAUUUAUUCUGGAUGUCCGGCCCUUUAAGAAAACCGCAAACAUUGAGGCAGUUGACGUAGCAAAACGGCUGCAAGAUUACGGUUUUCACGCACCCACCAUGUCAUGGCCUGUAGCGGGAACUCUGAUGAUCGAACCCACAGAGUCGGAGGACAAAGCCGAGCUGGACCGGUUCUGUGACUCGCUGUUGGCUAUACGUCAAGAGAUCGCAGACAUCGAGGAGGGCAGAAUGGAUUCCAGGGUUAAUCCUUUAAAGAUGGCUCCUCACUCAUUGGCCUGUAUUACCUCCACCACAUGGGACCGGCCGUACUCCAGAGAGUUUGCUGCCUUUCCCAUGCCUUUCGUGAGACCCGAGACCAAGUUCUGGCCGACAAUUUCAAGGAUCGAUGACAUUUAUGGAGACCAACAUCUAGUCUGCACCUGCCCACCCAUGGAUGUCUACGAGUCUCCGUAUGAAGAGCGAGCUUCAUCGUGACCUCAUGUGAUGUCAUCCAAAUGAACCAUUCCCGUUAAAGUCAUCCCUCUCUUUCUCCUGUGAUUACAGUUUUCCUUCAAUGCACACAUAGCUGGCCUCUUGUUACUCUACUAAAACAAUCCAAAUCUGACUUGGAUACUGUAAUCCACCUGUAUAGGGGUUCUUUAUUUUGACGUUUUUAUAUUUUUAUUCACUGUACGGAAAGCGUUUGGGUCUUUUGGUCUGUAUGUAGCCGUAACUUACCGGCAUUGUUAUCGAUGUUAACAAUAAUUUUUAUAGAUGUAACGCUUUCUAAUUAUUUAAGAAAUUGUAUUCGAGCCUGUUUGUAGCAGUUUAAUAAAUAUUUUAAAAGAAGAAA